AUGGACUUUGAUUUGUCAACGUCCUCUGUGACGGAAGCACUGGGCGAUCUUCAGAUGAAACUGCAGUCGGUGCAGGAAGACGCCGAGUUGUACUCCAAUUUAGAGAAAAAGGCCCGCAGUAGUUUCGAGCGACACCGCGCGGAGCUCACGCUUCUUCUGCAGAAGGAACGGGCCAUUCAUGCCGCCGCAGAAGACCGAAUUCGCGAUGAACUGCAGCGUCUGUUGAUGGAGAACGAAAGGGCCAAGGAAGAAUUGACGUCGAUGCGGCUUCAGCGAGAGAAGCAGUGCCGCAAUGAGAUGCGGGCACGGCAGCAUAAACGGGAGGGGCGAGAAAAGGCACUGCAGCGCGAGCUCUUGGAGCUGCAGGAACAAGUGAAAGCCACACGCACCGAGGCUGACCUCGCGCAGGAAGAGAAGACUUGGCAUGAAAUGCAGCUACGCGAGGUGUUGGGAAGACAGCGGGGCCUCAACGAUGAAUUGCAGCGGCUGCGGCAGGAUGUGGAGGAGCAGCACACACGUGAAGCGGCUGAGGCUCAACGACAGGAUCGAUGCAGUCGGCGACAGGGUGUCUAUUGCGGGCUGGAGAAGGUGUUUCUCCCGUCCGGGCCGCCCGAUCGGUGCCACACCACUUCGCCUUCCUCGCACCACAUCGCGGCCAUUGUGUCGACGGUGGAGUGGCAGAAUUACUACAAGCCACGGCUUUACUAUCGACGCCGUGGCAUCACUUCACCAAUGGAUAGACGACUAGAGAAUUCUCCACGUUACGACAUUAGUCCACUCGGUGAGACAAAACCGAAGCCUCUUUUGGGAAAAUGCGAACCGUCAGGUUCGUUUUUGGGGAAGGAGACAGCGGUGGCAUCGGCUUCAUCAUCACCACCGCGGCAUGUGGUGGAUAGUAGUGCAAAAACGAGGACACCGAGUCGUGCGGUGACGAAAAGUGGACGUCAUCUUGAGGCGGUAUGUCGUUCCUUGCUGCGCGAGAUUCUUUCGUUGCGCAGGGAGUAUCAGGACUGCAGUGUGGCACUAAAUGACCCCGUAGCGGACUCGGUGGAGGUGAGUCGACGCAUGCGCAGCAUUAUGAAUGAAUUGGACCGCAAGGUACAUCAGCUUCGCAGUUUGCGGCAGCAGCAGGCAAAGGUAGAGGACAAACUGAGGUUACAUGACAUGAUGAUGGAGAUUGCGGCUGAGAACAACUACUGUGAGAACAUAUACAGCGACCUACUCGAGCUCAUUCGUUCCUAA